AUGGCGGAGUGUAAAGCAUUGAGAAAUAUCAGGCAUCGAAAUCUGGUUAAGAUAUAAACUAUUUGCUCGAGUGUUGAUUUUCAAGGCAAUGAUUUCAAGGCGCUGGUUUAUGACUUCAUGGUUAACAGGAGCCUAGACGACUGGUUGCAUCCUUAUCCGAGUUCAGCAGAUGGAGAGUUGAGGAAAUUGAACCUUCUACAGAGAUUAAAUAUUGCCAUUGAUGUUGCUUGUGCACUGGAUUAUCUUCAUCAUCAUUGCGGAACACCAAUAAUUCACUGCGAUCUCAAGCCAAGCAAUGUUCUUUUGGACAAUGAUAUGAUUGGUCAUGUUGGUGAUUUUGGGUUAGCGAAAUUCCUUCCUGAAGCCACCCAAAACUUUAAUAUGAAUCAGACAAACUCUAUUGGAAUAAGAGGGACUAUUUGGUACAUUGCUCCAGAGUAUGGAAUGGGAAGUGAAGUGUCUACAUGCGGUGAUGUCUACAGCUAUGGCAUUCUCUUGUUGGAAAUGUUCACCAACAAAAGACCCACUAACGAAUUGUUCAAAGACGGUCUAAACCUUCACAAUUUUUCCAAAGCAUCAUUCCCUGACCGCGUGCUAGACAUUGUAGAUCCAAUACUUCUUCAUGAAGAAGAACACGAUAGUACCUCAGACAAUGACACUCAUUCUCAGAACAGCAUGGGGAGUCACAAAUUCAACAGUGCUUGAAUUCAAUAAUUGGAGUCGGAGUCGCUUGCUCUGCAGAAUUGGCAAGGGAGCGAAUGAACAUAAGCAACGUUGCUGCUGAAUUACAUUCCAUCAAGAACAUUUUUC